GGCUCUAAUACGCCGCCCGCAGGAGGCAGAAAGAACCGCAUAAUGAACCGCAUAAUGGAGACGGACCGUUCGCUCCUGGUCAUUACCAUGGUGAGUGCUCUGCGGUCGGUCCAGGAGCCCUUAAUUAAACCCUCGGUUGGCGACGGGAUAGAGUCCAGAAGGCCGUGUUCUGCUCUCCACUUUCUCUCUAUUCUUUUUUAUGUUGUCUGUCUAUUCUACACCUUUACUGGUGUGUGU